AUGGCUGAAUUUGUGAUAAGAGUGAAUAAGACGACACAAUACAAUAGAAAUUUGUUUUUUGUUUCUGUUGUUUCACUUCAUUCCUGUAUGAAAAACGUUGUAGCAAAAAAGCGGAUUAUUAUUAAUCGAUCGAUUAGAUUGUUAAAGUGUGAUGCACAAAAAGAAAUGAAUUUAGACAGAACAAUAUCUAACGCAUCUUUCAUUGUCGAGCAAACUUUUGACUUUGUAGAUGGUGAAGUGAAUGAUGAUGCAUGUGAUUUUGAUUGA